GUAUUUUCUGGAAAACCAGGACCACUACAUCCCUGAUGUCCGUUGAUCGGAUGUGCGUACGAUGCGCGAGGAGGAGCUGGAGGUGGCCCUGAAGGUGGUGAUCGUCGGUGACGGCGGAGUCGGCAAGUCCAGUAUGAUACAGCGCUACUGCCGCGGCACCUUCACCAGGGACUACAAGAAGACCAUCGGGGUCGACUUUCUUGAGAGACAGAUCGAGAUAGACGGCGAGGAAGUCCGACUGAUGCUGUGGGACACGGCGGGCCAGGAGGAGUUCGACGCGAUCACCAAGGCGUACUACCGCGGCGCCCACGCCUGCGUGCUCGCCUUCUCCACAACCGACCGAGACUCUUUCUUAGCGCUGCACUCCUGGAAGUUGAAAGUGGAGAAUGAAUGCGGCGAAAUACCAACGAUAAUCGUUCAAAAUAAAAUCGAUUUAAUGGAUCAAUGUGUGGUUGGACCAGACGAGGCGGAGCUAGUGUCGCGCGCGCUCGGCUGCCGGCUGAUGCGUGCGUCGGUGAAGGAGGACGUGAACGUGGGCGCGGUGUUCCGGGCGCUGGCGGCGCGCUGCCUGGCCGACGCGCGGCGGGACGACGCCGACGCCGCCAGCCGCUGCGUCACGCCCGCCAUAGGUACUUUCGCCAACCACAAUAGCAACGGGACGAUAUUACUGCGGCCGACGAAGCACCGGGCUGGUGCCAAGAAGAGAAACGUCCUCAAGAACGCGUGUAGAAUAUUGUAGUGCUUACUGAGGUAGUUCGAACGUUCCUUUUGUUUGACCGGUGCAGAUACAGGGAGUGGCGAUGGUAAAAUUUAAUUUCUUAAUUAUAGAGGAGAGAGUGGGAGAAAAUUAUCAAAAUAAAUAUUCUGUAGGUAGGUACCACCCUACUUGGGCCUUCCGGUUUGAAGGGUGGGUCAGCCGUUGUACGUUGAGACUACGGCCUCAUGUCUCAAGGCAGAGGGCUUUCACGUUGUGAGGUCUAUUAACCUGUGUAUUGCAUAAAAAAUUUAAAAACAGUAAACAUUGCUAAGAAAUGUAUUUCUUUGUAAUGGAAUUUCAUGACGUGUAUAUAGUUAAUACAUAUUUUGCACGUUAUUUAUUAACGUUACAUAUCGCGACUUAAGAAUUGAAGUGUCUCAAUUCAAAAUUCUUGUUAUUUUGGUAAACAUAAAAAAUGUAAUUGAAGAAUUGUAGUUUUUCACGGUUUCAGAUUUUAAUACUUUCAACCUUAUUGCGCAUACCUUAAAGUUUAAAGUAUGCGCUUAAUUUAAAAGAGACGGCCAGUGUCAGUGCUCUGUUCUUUUCUAAACUAAAAUAUAAAUUUAAUUUUUAAUUUUAAAAAUUUCGUUUUGUAAUCUUAUAGAAUACACAGCAACACAUUUGUAAGUCGUUCAAACUUAUAUUCUUAAAAAAUUUUAGUUAGGCCACUUCAAUUCUAAAGGUGACAUGUAUGAGUAUCUAACAGAAUGUUUUAAAGUAAUUAAAAAUACAAGACGACGGAUUGAUUUAAAAUUUUGCAAACGAGAAAAUACAAUAAUUUAAUUACUUUUUUUUUUUAAUACUCUGACCAAGAUUACCAGAAAUUAUCAUUUGAAUCCUUAAUUCGGUUUGCUUUUGGAGCGUGUUUUUUAAGUCUUUAAACUACUUUUAAUGUUGUUUUGGUUUGAGAGACGACUUGCGUGGUUCGACUUUUCAUUUGGCAUUGUAUUUUAUUAUAAAAUUUGUAAUUGUAAAAUUAAAAACAUCCGAUGAAUAUAUAACAAAUAAAUAUAUAUUCUUAGUUUAUUACUUUUAAAAAAAAAAUACGAAUUUAAAUCCGUGUGUCACAAUGUUAAAAUUUAAGUGUUUUAUUAUAAGCUUUGUGUUUUAGAUGUUUUCGUACUCUGUAUAAAUCAUAGAUAAUAGUCGUAAGUUUUUUGUAAAUGUUAGCACAGAUUCGUUUGGUAAUAUUAUAGGAUACCUUUGAAUAAAAACAGCUCGGGAUUUUUUAUCUAUUUAUCUGGCGAACAA